AUGAAGAAGAAGUUGCUGGAAACACAGGAAGCACUUGAAAAAGAGACACAUGGAAAAUGGGAGGCAAAACAGGAAAGUGAGACUCUGAAGAAAGAACUGAUGAAAGUGCGAGAAGAAGUUGCAGAAGAGAAAAUUGAGGUGAAGGUUUCACUCUGUACUCACCACAGCGAGGACAGCAUACAAGAUGAAGAUGUUGGCUAUGGUGGGAUUGCUGAGGUUCACGGCUGGCCUGAAGGCGUUCGACGAGCCUUGAGAGAAGAAUUUCAAAUAAUACAGGCUGAAAAUAUCAAAUUAAAAGAAGAGGCAGAAAAAUCAAGAGGAGAAGCUAAAAAUUCAAAGUUUGAAACUGAAGUAGUAUUGCAGGAAUUACUGCAUGUGGGUGUAAAACUUACAGGAGAGAAAAUGGGAAAACAACAGGCAGAAAAUGAGAAUGAAAACAUGAAGAAAGAACUGUUGGAAGCUGAAAAAGCAUUGGAGGAAGAGAAAACCACAGCAGAAGAAGCCAAAAAUAAAUAUCAAACUGCAAAGAAGGAGGCAGAAAAUGUGAUGCAGGAAUUACAGGAGGUGCAGGAAGCUUUUGAAGAGGAAAAAAGGAAAAUGCAGUCGGCAACACAAGAAGCUGAAAAUGCAAUGGCUGAAGCUGAAAUACUGAGGAAGGAAUUAGUGCAUUUAAAGCAACAACUUGAAGAGGAGAAAAAACGUAAACAUGAGGCAGAAAAUGAGAUUGGAAAUAUGAAGAAAGAUUUGUUGGAAACCCAAAAAGUGUUGGAGGAAGAGAAAAUUAAAAUACAGGAAGCAAAGAAAGAAAUGGAAAAUACAAAGAGUUACACUCAAAACAUGAAGAAGAAGUUGCUGGAAACACAGGAAGCACUUGAAAAAGAGACACAUGGAAAAUGGGAGGCAAAACAGGAAAGUGAGACUCUGAAGAAAGAACUGAUGAAAGUGCGAGAAGAAGUUGCAGAAGAGAAAAUUGAGGUGAAGGUACUCAAGAAAGAAAUGACAGGCUCUCCGGUGACCAAAAAAGACUGCAAGGAUGCACUUAAAGAAAUAAAAAAGCAGAAAAAGGAAGCUAAAGAGCUCCUCAAACACAAAGUGAAACUGGCCAAACAGCAGCUGAAAGAAAAAUUUGAAGACGCCGAGGAGCAGCUCAAGAAAACCUUGAAGGAGCUGAAGACAAAAGAAAAGAAAGCGGAGAACAGGAGGGGGAUUCUGGAGCAGACUGCUGAGAAAAAACUGACCCAGCAGCAUCAAGCCAAAAUGAAUCAAGGGAGAUCGAGAAGAGGAUAUGUGAGUGCUUCACCAUACAGCACAGUGAAGUCGACGAGCCUUCGAGAAGAAUUUCAAAUAAUACAGGCUGAAAAUAUCAAAUUAAAAGAAGAGGCAGAAAAAUCAAGAGGAGAAGCUAAAUAUUCAAAGUUUGAAACUGAAGUAGUAUUGCAGGAAUUACUGCAUGUGGGUGUAAAACUUAAAGGAGAGAAAAUGGGAAAACAACAGGCAGAAAAUGAGAAUGAAAACAUGAAGAAAGAACUGUUGGAAGCUGAAAAAGCAUUGGAGGAAGAGAAAACCACAGCAGAAGAAGCCAAAAAUAAAUAUCAAACUGCAAAGAAGGAGGCAGAAAAUGUGAUGCAGGAAUUACAGGAGGUGCAGGAAGCUUUUGAAGAGAAAAAAAGGAAAAUGCAGUCGGCAACACAAGAAGCUGAAAAUGCAAUGGCUGAAGCUGAAAUACUGAGGAAGGAAUUAGUGAAUUUAAAGCAACAACUUGAAGAGGAGAAAAAAUGUAAACAUGAGGCAGAAAAUGAGAUUGGAAAUAUGAAGAAAGAUUUGUUGGAAACCCAAAAAGUGUUGGAGGAAGAGAAAAUUAAAAUACAGGAAGCAAAGAAAGAAAUGGAAAAUACAAAGAGUUACACUCAAAACAUUAAGAAGAAGUUGCUGGAAACACAGGAAGCACUUGAAAAAGAGACACAUGGAAAAUGGGAGGCAAAACAGGAAAGUGAGACUCUGAAGAAAGAACUGAUGAAAGUGCGAGAAGAAGUUGCAGAAGAGAAAAUUGAGGUGAAGGUACUCAAGAAAGAAAUGACAGGCUCUCCGGUGACCAAAAAGACUGCAAGGAUGCACUUAAAGAAAUAA